AUGAUUGGCAAUGAAACGAAGCUGGGUAUGAGUAGGGGUAUACCUGAACCAAAACUUACAGCUGUGGAUGCCAUGAUUGACAAGUUAACGGGAGCAAUAUUUGUUUUUCAGAUAGUUGUGGUUAUUGUUCUAGGCAUAGCUGGGAAUGUCUGGAAAGAUACAGAAGCAAGAAAGCAAUGGUAUGUGGAAUAUCCAAAUGAAGGUCCUUGGUAUGAAGUAUUGGUCAUCCCUUUACGGUUUGAGCUUCUUUGUUCCAUAAUGAUACCCAUAUCUAUAAAGGUAUCUUUGGAUCUUGUGAAAAGCUUGUAUGCAAAGUUCAUUGAUUGGGACAAUGAAAUGAUUGACCUGGAGACUAGCACCCGAUCCCAUGCAACAAACACAGCAAUUAGUGAGGAUUUGGGGCAAGUUGAGUAUAUUUUGACUGACAAAACUGGAACGCUUACUGAAAAUAAAAUGAUCUUUAAAAGAUGUUGUAUCAGUGGGAUUUUCUACGGGAAUGAGAGCGGGGAUGCCCUGAAAG